CCGGACCAGCUGACAAACCAUACCUAACCUCAAUCUUUUUCUAAACACUCCAAAGAAAACAUAGAAAAAGUCCCUCAAGUGGAGGGAAUCAGUGAAUUUGUGAUUCUCAUGGAUUAACUCCAAAGACAGAUCAUGGCCAUUGGGGAGUAUAUCUCUGGAUUGUCUGACAAUCCCUAUUUCGGCGCUGGAUUUGGCCUUUUUGGCAUCGGAGCCGGUGCUGCGCUAUUACGUAAAGGUCUUCAGGGUGCUCUCAUCCUAUUCCGGAGGCACUACAUGAUCACCCUGGAGGUGCCAUGUCGUGAUAAAUCUUACCAAUGGCUCUUGCAAUGGAUCACCCAGAGGGGUGCUCGUCAGACUCAACAUCUCAGUGUAGAGACGUCUUUUGAACAGAAGGAAACUGGCCACGUGAAAACAAAGUAUGACUUCAUUCCUAGCAUCGGAACACACUUCAUGAGGUACGGUAGUACGUGGAUCAAGGUGGAAAGAGCCAGGGAACAGCAUACCCUGGAUUUGCAUAUGGGAGUUCCCUGGGAAACUGUCACUCUCACAGCUUUUGGUCGGGAUAAAAACCUCUACUUUGGGAUUCUCGAGGAAGCCAGACAAUUGGCGCUAAAGUACACGGAGGGGAAAACCAUCAUGUACACUGCAAUUGGCAGUGAAUGGCGUCCUUUUGGACAUCCCCGGAAAAGGAGACCAAUCUCUUCGGUUGUUCUGGAUUAUGGAGUAGCUGAGAAGAUUGUAGCUGAUAUUCAGGAAUUUAUUCGUAAUCCCAUGUGGUAUUCCGAACGGGGAAUUCCCUAUAGAAGAGGUUACCUGCUUUAUGGUCCUCCUGGUUGUGGCAAGUCCAGCUUCAUCACAGCUCUUGCCGGAGAGAUUGAGUUUGGCAUCUGUGUCCUGAAUUUGUCAGAUCGAAGUCUCUCAGAUGACAGGCUCAAUCAUCUACUGAGUGUAGCUCCACAGCAAUCAAUAAUCCUCCUCGAGGACAUUGAUUCAGCCUUUGUGUCCAGGGAAGAGACUAAGCAGCAGAAAUCUGCCUAUGAAGGUCUCAAUAGGAUCACAUUCAGUGGUUUGCUGAACUGUCUGGAUGGUGUGGCUUCAUCAGAAGCGAGAAUUCUCUUCAUGACCACAAAUUACCUGGAUAGAUUGGAUCCAGCCCUCAUUAGGCCAGGAAGGGUGGAUCUUAAAGAGUACGUGGGCUACUGUUCACACCAUCAGGUGGAGCAGAUGUACCACAGAUUCUACGGAGACGGAGAUGAUAGGAGCAAAGCACAGGAAUUUGCAGAUAAAGUCAUGGCUGAAAAGCGUCCUGUGAGUCCUGCACAAAUUCAGGGAUAUUUUAUGAUGCACAAGACAUCACCUCAGCCCACUGUCCUGGAGAAUGUGACACAAAUCUGGGAAAGUUACUAGCAAUAAAUUUAUUUCUUCUUCUU